AUGCGGCAAAUAAGGAAAACAGUGUUUCCCCCAACACCAAGGAACCUGCAACAUUUUAAUUAUUUAUUACAAAUGGAUAAUAAUAAACAUUUUACUAUGUCGUUUCAAAAACAGCCAAGUUUAUUUUAUCAAGGCCCACUCAUUGUUGAUGGUUCGUUUGUUGGUGUACUAUUUUGUAAUAAACAUCAUAUUGAGUCAAUUGAAAGCGAAUUUCAUAAUGUUAAAAUAUCUGGGUGCGACGGAACAUUCAAGACGGUUCCCAAAACGUUGGAUAACGACUGCUAUCAAUUAUUCACCUUCCAAGUGAUACACAGAAAUGUUGUAAGUAAUAAAUUGUACAUCACACAAUAA